CUUUCUUCUUUCUCUCUCGCGCGUAAAUACAAAUCAAGACUCCCUCUUUCAUUCUCUCUCGCGUACACUCUUGGGAUCAUCCUCAUUGAUCAGUCAUCUUUUCGAAGAUGACGAACCCUAAUUCCACAGCUUCCAAACGUCGUCUUCCCGAGGAAGAGAAACGCAUCGUUUCGGAAUUGACUACCUACUUGAGCGAAGGAGACUCGUACUUCGUCAUCUCCAAAAGGUGGUACACAAGCUGGCAGAAAUAUAUCACUGCGCCUUUAGGAGGAGCUCCUAGGCCUGGACCGAUUGACAACCGUGAUAUCAUCACAAGUGAUGAUGGUGAUCCACAACUUCGUAGAUUCCUUGUUGAAGAUGAAGACUACGUUCUUGUUCCUCAACAAGUUUGGAAAACUCUUCUUGGAUGGUAUAACGUAGGUCCUCCAAUAACAAUGAACUUGAUCUACCUCUUUUUAUCAGAUGCAAGAGACGUUAACCAUGUAACUGACAUACGUUUGGCAAAAGAGGCCUCUAUAAGGGAGCUUUAUGUGAAGGUUUGUGCUAAGACAGGGGCAUCUCUAGAAAAGGCUCGCAUCUGGAAUUACUUCAACAGGAAGAAAGUCAAACUCUUGGAUCCUUUAUCUAACGAGAGCCUUGAAGAUUCAGGUCUUGUCAUGGACCAAGAUAUUCUUCUUGAAGUUGAUGAGCUAGGUCGUGGUCGACUACCUCUGGAACGUUCAGGAUUAGUAGGACUGGUUAAUUUGGGAAACACCUGCUACAUGAAUAGCAUUCUUCAGUGUUUGGCACACACACCUCCCAUACUUCAAUACUUCUUGCGAGAUAACACUCAUCAGGGUGAGCUUGCUAAGGCGUUUGGUGAGCUGUUGAAGGAACUAUGGUCGUCAGGAAAGAAGGCAGUUACACCGAGCUUUUUCAAGACAAAACUGGAUGAAGCUGCUCCACAGUUUAGUGGUCACUAUCAACACGAUUCUCAUGAACUGCUUAUGUUCUUAUUAGCUAGGCUGCAUGAAGUCUCUGACAUAGUCAACGUCUGCCAAGGUCAAUGCAAGUCAACUCUGGUUUGUCCAGUUUGUGGAGAUACAGCAACCACUUAUGACUCCUUCACGUGCUUGUCUUUACCUUUGCCUUCAACACGUACUUGGUCAAUAUCUCUCCUUUCUUGUUUGGAGCAAUACUUAGCAGAAGAACCUCUAGGACCAGAUAACAUGUGGUUUUGUCUGCAAUGCAAAGAGAAGAGACCAGCUAACAAGAAGCUUGACCUGUGGAAGAUGCCAGAUAUUCUCGUGUUACAUUUAAAACGGUUCAAGACUAGCAAACAUUUCGUGAAGAAGAAUGAUACGUUUGUGGAUUUCCCGAUUAACGAUCUAGACUUGAGCAAGUACGUGAAAAACCAAGAGAAUGAUGAUCAGUCGUCAUACUUGUACGAGCUGUAUGCAGUGAGCAACCAUUACAUUGGAAGAAGUGUUCCUGUUCGCCACUACACUGCCUACGCUAAGCUGAUUGAUUACAACGAGUGGUAUCAUUUCAAUGACAGUUAUGUUUCGCUCGUAAAGGAACCUGCGGUCAAAAGCAAAGCGGCCUAUCUUCUGUUCUACCGAAGAGUUGGAACUGAAACAAAAAGCACAAUCAUCUGAGGAGUCGAGGACCAAUAUGAUGAAUUAGUCAUUCAAGCUUGGUGGUUCGGUUGAAGUGUUCUUCUUUGCUUCAGACUAUAUUGUUUUUAGUUGGGUGAUUAGUGGAGUCAAAUAGAUGAAGAGAUAUAGAGUUACAGGUUUGUACACAGACAGUUUUGGAUCAUUGAAUACAAGAAAAUGUUUCUCA